AUAAGUGUUUAUAAAUAAACCACAAAACUCAUCAGAUCAUGGUUUGAGUUUACAACUCCUGUUAUGUCUUUUAAUUUGCACAAUCAGCUCAUCACAAUUAACCUCUUGUCUUUAUGUGGCCUAAUCAAUGGUAGACUAAUAAGGUCAGAAUUCUAUAGCAUAAACCAGGACAAGGUGAGUAAUCCAAUCUCCACCAUAACACUCCAAGGUAGACAUGACAGGAAGAACAAUCCAAAUCUAGAUUUUUAAACAAACGAAUACCAUAUGCUAAAAAACAUAGGGAUCGAUCCAAUGCGUUUAAGAAUAAAUAAUUGCAGAACAUGGCUGUGAAUGGUAAUUAUUUAGAAGAUGAGUUUUGAUGGAAGUGAAAGUCAAAGUUCACAUUGUCUGAUAUUGGCUUGGAUGGUUAUGAUCUCAAGUUUACUGACAAAGAUACUCUUGUAUAUCAGCUGGUUGACUCUAUCUCCUAAAGCAAUUGCAGAGGUGAUCAGUCAAAUAAUGCUGGACUGAAACCUGCUUUUAAGGGAAUGGGAACAUAAAGUAGAAGACAGGUUUGCUGUUUGAAAAGAAACUGAAAGUUUAGUGGAGACACAACUCAUGACCAAGACCCUUUCUUUCUCUUAAUUAGUUAAAGGGGAAGUGAUUUGGAGUUUAUUGUGUCUUGGCUUAGGAACUAGGAAGCUCUGUUCAACCCCUUUUAUCACUUUUCUUAAUGAAGUAACCCUUUUUUAUAUUUGAAAUCAGCCCACUAUAGCAGUUUGGGGGAGUGCACUCAAUUUUCAAAGGUAGGGGAAGUGCAUAUGAAAUUCUGAAAAAAUUAUGACAUAGUAACAUCAAUGUGCAUGUUCUGUGGUCACAUGAAUAUCAAACAUUUCCAAACAACUGAACAAUUCGUAAUUCCGUAUGAUUGUUAUAAAUGAGGUUCUUAACAUGUGAAUGCCUGGUGUAUCAUAUGUUGAACUUAAUAAGCUUCAACGUUAGUAUUUGACUUGAGCACAUGAUAUUGUCGAUCGAGACGCGCAUUACGAUUUCUUUUCUAUAUUGAUUGAUUUGCUAUCGUAAAAGCACAUGCACAGAGGACAUCAAAAAGAUAAAUAUCCCGAUAAAGGCACAAUCACGGUUGAGUACAUAAAAUGGCGUAAUUGACAUGUUAGCAUUACGGCCCUAAUAUUUAAGGUUGUUGUACUCGUAUGAGUGUUGUCAAUUGACAUGUUAGCAUUACGGCCCUAAUAGUAAAAGUUGUUGGACUCACCUGAGAGUUGUCUCGGGUUUUUAAUUUGCUCUUCAAUUUUCCUUAAGACAGUCGUUUCAAUUUCAUUGAAAAAACACAACAAUUAUAUUGGUGUCCCUCAUAUUGGAACGACCAUGACUUGUUCACACCCCUAGUUAAGAGAACGGAUCGAUGACGAUCCUCAAUAAAUUCGUGUAGAGAACUCUUAGCAUUUAUGUGAGGACAACUGAAAGUAAAUUUUACAGCAUUUUCAUGAAUUAGUUAGAUAAUAAAAACAUCUUGUAUACGAAUUUGACGAUCUUGAUAUUACUAGUCGAUCGAAACAAAAGCAGGAUAGUAAACUAGGAACAAAUACCAAACACAAUGAGUGUAUUUAUGUUCAAAAUGAUCACUCUCAAAGUAUUAUAUAUCUACGAGAGCAAGAUGCAAUUAAUGUCAAAAGUUGUCAAGACCACGCACCUUUUCCUUUACCCUUCGAAAAGGAAAAGAUUGAGCAAAUCAUCAAUUAUAGUAAAAAAUGAAAACAGGAAAUGAGUAACCAAAGAGAAGGGCUAGCCAACUAGGUACUAAACUACAACUAAGUUAAUUAAUUAAAGUAAAUGAAGUGUGUAAAAAUUAGGUUGAGUUCCACAAACCGAUUUGCAGAGUUCAAGAUAUAUAUUGGUAUUCAAAUUCCCGAGGAUGUUCUUGUGUUCUCUCAUGCAUCAGUUUGUCUGUUUCUACUUUGGCACUACAGGCUGCCCGCGGUACUUUGUCUUCUCUAACUCCUAGGCCGACCCUUAAAUCAAUUUCCACUACUUUAAUUAUCAAAUUAAUACCCACCACUACUCUAUAUAAUUUGUCUUUAUAUUAUUGUUUUCUCGUCCUAAAUGUAGUAAUUUACAAAUUAACUAGCUAGCUAAUCACCCAUGAUUAUCGAUCGAGGAUCGACCGCAUGCAUUUCAACUGGAUUUGCCAGCCUUUGAUUUCGACACAAGGAAAUGAUAUAAAACUAAAUUUGUCUCAAAAUAACCGUUAGAAUUGUCCCCAACUGAAAAAAGGUACGAAAACUGGUAAGCAAACAGGGAGAAGAAGUUAAGACAAACUGCUCGAUCGGGGAAAAGGUGGUGAAAGUGUCUGAUUUGCCUGUCUUUUUCUCUCAUGGGUUGCAUCAAUGGAGAUAAGAGAUAAUAUUUUGCAUGGGAAACCUACCUUCCCUUCCUUCCCUCUUUCAUAUCCAAAAUUCUUUGUAGCAAUAUCGCAGCUCAUUGCUUCAAAGACACCACCACCACUCCUUUGCUCCCACUACCGAUUCGAUUGACCGAUUGAGAGUUAUUUUCAAUCGAAAAUUAUUAGUCUCGCCGUUAUUCUCGAGAAAAAUACUAAUUAAGAAAAGUUUUGAAUCACCUGUCAUCAACAUGUUAUUAAGCAGUAAAACAUAUUCAGGAUUUUGGGGUCUUAUAAAAAAAACAAUGUACUAGGAUGGCAUUUAAAUUAGUGAGCGUAAAAAGGGAGAGAAGAAGAAGAAGGGCAUGCACGCGUGAAAUCUAUCUAGGGUUUGGCUCAAAAGUGAUGAUAAUCGAUCAAAAGCGCAGCCAGGAAAGGAAGCCAGGUCGGGCUCCGAUCCAAGUUUUCCUGUCCCCCUUUUUUUUUCCCUCAGUCUGCAUGAUAGUGGAAGGUCGCCAAACACUAAUGGAGGGAACCAAGGAAGCUUUUACAUAUUUUGAUGAACUACUAGUGCAUGGCAAAAGUAAGAUCUCAUCAUAGAUUAACGACAAAAUACAAUAGGUAGAGUCGUAUGAUCUAUACAAUUCAUCCCAUGAUUAUUAUUAUUAUUAUUAUUAUUAUUAUUAUUAUAACAACAACAGUGGCAGGCAACAUGGAAAUGGAAUCGUCUCGAUAUGUUUCUAAGUUUCAUAUAAAUCGAUAUACUUCAAAAAUUUGUGUACGAUUUUGAUUUCGAAUUAACGUAUACAAAACACUAACGACGUCUUUGAAAAAUUAUAAAAAAAUCAUGGUACUUAUGGCACCGUUUAUAGAAAUUUAACUUGUACUUCUGUUAACCACGCAAAACCUUUAUGUAGAGUAUAUGAUACAUUUUCAUUAUAACCCUAAUUCCAGAGACAUGGACAAUAAUCUACAGGAUGUAGGAAAUUAUUAUUAUCAACUAAUUAAUUAUAACACUUGAUAAAUUUAUCUCUACCAUAUUCUUCCUAAUUGGUACAGAUCGAGUACUUUAGUUGUAAGAGUACUUCACUAGUAGUGCUUGAAGAUCAUUAUUAUGAAUCAUGCAGCUGUUUCUGUCGUGUAGUGAAGAAAAAGAAGCCUCCAUAGGAUGAUCAACAGGAAGGCAAAAAACCAAACAUAGUGGGCGGCAACAAGCUAAGUUAAGCUAAGCUAGGGUUGAUGAGGAGGAUUAAUGGGGGUUCUUGAUCCCAAUCAUAAGGAGGACUGCUCUCCCAACAAUGGAUCGAUCAUAUAGAUCAUUGAUCACUGACACACUUAAACCGGCUUUCUGUUUAGGAAGUGGGGUUGUGCUUUUUGCCUACACUGCACAGAUUCAUGCUGACAAAAGGGUGCCAAAGAAAAGCUAUCCAUUUAUGUUUAUUUUUCUGUUUAAUGGGGUGUUCGGUUCAAUGUAUUCGUAAACGGAUGUUACUAAUCUUAACUCGAAAUGUUGUUUAUACUGUUUGUUUUGGUGUGAGCCGUUUUAGAAGAAAUUAUGGUUGGUUCGAAGUACUUUUGUUGGAAAUUAUGUCAAAGUGAAAAAACUAUGUGAGAAUCUACAGGCAGAUCAGAUUUAGGACUUAUUGCUGAUUUUGAUGCAAUUUAAAUUGCGUCUUAAAUUUCAAUCGCAUAUCAAUGGAUCGAAAGUUAUAAACGAUAAAUAUGAACAAUCAGUAGUAGUGGUUUAAGAUUUAAGUCCGUAGUAGUGAUUGCAACGUAUCUAAUAGGUGCAUAAUAUAUGAAUGGGUUCACACCUAUAAUUAGAUGUAUAUCAACAAAUAAGAAUCAUCGUUGUUAUUCUCGAUUAACAUGACAUAAUAAUUUUGUGUUUAGAGAAUUAACUACUAAGAUUCACAUGUUAAAGAUUAGAGUAUUGUAUUAUUAUCCAAACUUCAAUUAAUUUAAGGAUACCACAAAUUAUUACCAUCCUCAAAAUUAAAAUCUCUAUAAUCCCAUCCCAAUUGUCAUAACCUAAAACUCAGCCCAACCCCGUUGGCCCACACACUCCUAGAGAUCGAUCUCCCGAGCAACUGGCGAGCGAGGGCCCAUUGGGAGCUUUAUCCGUGUUAUUAAUUUCGAGGCAAUUAGGAAUUAAUAACAGAUUAGGACUAGUAAAUCGUCUACUAGUUACAAAAGGACUCAAUCAGGUUGCGAAUAAAUAUCAUGAUCUCGGGUUGGGUUUAUUUACUAAAUCUUCUUCACCUAAACCCCGCCGCCGGCGUAUCUCUGACUCUGAGUAUGGUUUACCUUCCUUUCCCGGCAACCAAUCCUCCCCCGCCGAGUGUGAUGGAUAUCUGGUUUGAUCGGCCACCAAAAUCGAUCAAAUUUCGCGCGAGAAUCAGACACAGGGAGGUGUUUGCGCUGGUUCACAGCGGGGCUGAACGCAAUUUUAUCAAUCAAGUUCUAGCAAUGGCACUUGGGUUGAGCGCAGCUCCAGUUGAGCCGUUCAGGGUUCGAACGGCGAACGGCGAGGAACUGGUUUGUCGAAUUCAAUACAAGAGGGUGAUGAUGAACAUUCAAGGAUUUGAGGUUUCUACAACUCUGUAUGCUCUGCCAAUUAUAGAGGAUGUCAUUCUUGGGGUUCAAUGGUUGCAAGAGCUCGGACCCGUUACUUGUGAUUGGAACUUGCGAACUAUGAAGUUUCAAUCGGGGGAUAAGGAGCACUUGUUGCGUGGAUUACCUUGAUUACACGAACGGGCAAUUCGUGAAUUUCUCGGGUUGGUAGCGGAGUUUGAAAUCUGAAUGAGAGACUGAUUCGAACCGUGAUGAUUGGGGAGUGGGCCAAGGGAUCCUCCUAGGGUUCAACCUAGUUAUGUCACUCACUCUCGACAGUCGAUUAUUUUAUUUGCGGUAUUAAUGUAUUCAUUUUAUUAUUCAAAUAGGUUUGGGAUUUUAUUACUAUCUAUUUGUAUUUGAUUCAUUCUGUGUCAUAUUGGUUUAUUCAAAAGCAGUAUUGUGAAAUUUGAGUUGACGAUGAUUUAUCUUGUUCUAAUCGAUGACAAAGUUUAUUUUGCUUGUGUAGUAGGGUUAAGCUAGCUGCGUCCCUUCCAUAAUUUCUCUAAUAGAGUUUCGCAUGUGGUUUCUUAAUUAUCUGGUUGGGACUUGGGACUCAAUGAGUGAGCACUUUUGACAAGUGUAAAAAAAAAAAGAUAAUGGAGAGUUUGUAUAUAACCUUUUGAUGGAUCAAACAACUUAACUAUUGUUGCAUACUAGACUAGUGAAUUCCUUUGGGAAGUUCUUGAUGUGGACCAUUUUUUGUCCAUUUCGAAAGUUUAUUCCUUUCGGUUACGAAUCUCCAUUUUCAUUUGUAAUCUGCUCAUAUAAAUAACUAUAACCAAU